AUGCUGUUGUUCCAGACAUCCUGGCAUCCAGGGUUGUUAUUCAUGAACCUAGUAUGUCUCCUUUGUCUCUGGGAUGUAGGAUCUACUAUUAAGGGAGAGUCUACAAAAGAAAAGGGAGUGGCUUUUCUAGCUAAAACAGAGCUCCCUGCAAGGACAGUUGAUUUGUCUACAGUUAACCUUACAGAGCUAGUGAAUGGGAUGCUGACCAGAGCCUUGAAAGCAGACAGCAAACAAUUCUUCUCCUUGCUGAGCAUAACAUCUCACAGCUCAUUUGCCUUCCACAAGUUUUCGGUGGUGAUAUAUAACAUUUCUAACCUGAAAAUCAUGGAUGCCACCAAGUUCCCCACACGGUACUGCUACUGUUUAAACAAUCAGACCAAUGACCUCUCAGAUUUUACAGCUCUCCUAGUUGACAUCAUAGGGAACUCCACUAGCUACCUCAUGGAAAUUUUCAAAUCGACUUCCAUUCUUUCAGUGAGUCAGAGCACUGAGUCUGACUGCAUCUACAUCUGUGUGAUGACAGGGAAAACAGGAAGAAAUCUUUCUGACUUCUGGGAAAUGGUGGAAAAAUCCCCUGUUAUUAAUUACACAUUUACCAGUAAUGUGUCUGGUGUUCUGGCCACUAGAAUGACUACUUGGGCUCAGAGUGAGUCUUUGAAAAGACUUGAAGAAAAAGCUACAAAAUUCCCAUUGUGGACACAAACCAUGAGAUUAGAAGGAAGUGGAAUUUCCUCUAUGAAAAUUUCUUCCCUUAUGCAAACUGGACCUUCACAUGAAGAAGGGAUCCUAUACACAAGAACACCUUAUAGAUUUUCUCCUCUUACAAGGAUUAUGAUGACACAAGAUACUUCCUCCCAUACAUACCUAACUACAGUGUUGAGAUCUUCACCAUCAUCAUCAAUGACUUUCACCCCUUCCAAGCAGGGAGAAGAUACAACCAAUGAAUUUCUUCAUUUAGUAACAGAUACUCUAGGAACAGAUACUCCAGGACCAACCAAAGCACCUGCUCCAAAACAGCCACACACUGUUGAUUUUGCUCCAGCUUUGAUAUCUCCCUCUCAGUCUCAGCCAUCACCUUUCCCUAAACUCCACCUUAUAUCAAGAUGUCCACAGCCACUCCUCCAGGACAAAGACUUGAUGACCCUUCCUCUCACCCUUAGCCUCCAAAAGAUAAAUCCUUGUGUCAUGGAGCUCUGCCGAUUUUAUCAGCAAUGCCUCUGUGUUAGUCAAAAGCAAUAUUCAAGAAAAGAUACUAUGAGGUUCUGCACUGAGUACUAUUCCUGGUUCUUGAGAAAUGCAACCUACAUCUGUCAGAGAGUGACAAGGAUGGCUCAUUCCCAUACCUUAAAGCAAAAAUGUCUUUCAAAUAUCUGCACAUCUGUCUGAGGCCCCAAGGGAACCACUGAAGCAGAGCUAUGAUUCCACCUCCUUGGCUGCUUUCCUUACUCCACAGUUCCAGCAAGAUCACCAAGAACUGAUUUUUUGUUGCUGUUGUUUUUUAAUCAGCCCUUUGUUCUCUCUUGCAGGUGUGUUUGAUGUUAGGCCAUUGUAGACAGGGAGCUCAGAAAUUAUAAAGGAAAAAACAGCACACACAAAAAAAAGUUGUCCAACCUAUUUCAUGUUCAUAAACCCAUCAGUUUUAGUCUUGUGGUCAUCUCAGGCCCAGGCAGAUCAUUUGGGCACAGAAGGCAAAUAUCCAAAUGCCUAAGAAGGUGACCCCACUUCUAUAUUAGAAACUGGUGUCUCACAAUACCUCAAGACAUCAAGAUUUGCUGAUGGGACAGAAAUGCAUUCCCAGGUUCUCUAAAAUUGUCUGUUAGAAAUUUCUCCUUUGUUUUCAUGUUAUUGUUAAGGAGGUAAAUCCCAAAGAAAAUGGCACUGAUCCUGGUCUGAUGCUCUAGUUAAGAUAAAAUGUGUUUGAGAAAUAUGGAUCCCCUCACUUUGACAGAGAGGGAUUACCAGGGACAGAAUGCUACAUGUAUUAUCAGAUGGAGUGAUCAUCGAAGUUGUUGCUUUUAAUUUGUUUAAUUGGUAAUUCCAAUUUGUUCUC